GUUCAACGAAACACCAAGUCAGAAAUGUCCGAGUUCCGACUAGCAUGUGAAUGAGGCAUGAGCCCCCGCAAACAAACCACAUCAUCUGCGUCACUCUCCGCCACCCUGGCCGCCCUUGAUGUCAGCCAUUUUACAUAGCAAUCGCGACUGAAUUCGUCCCAAAUAGUAGCUAGCAAUCAGGCCUAAAUACAAAUUUAUAUUUACAGCUAACAACCGCCUGAAGUGCAAAAAUGGAAACCGAAGGCCAAGUUGACUUCAGCACAGACGAGUUUCCAGAGGGCUCCAAGAUAAACGCAAGUAAAAACCAGCAGGAUGACGGGUAAGCGACUAACGUAACGUUAGCUAGUUAAGUACAACAGUAGCUAACUAACUUUUAAGCGUAACUAGCUACUGUUAUUUUGCCCGCUGGAGACAAGUAGUUUACGUUAUUGGAGUGGUAACAAGCCAAAGUUUGCUAGCUAACUAGACCCUGUUGUGAUCGUGCAUGGCUAGCUAACUAUCUGACAUUAUCUAACCAGCGCGUCGCUGUCAUGUCAGGCCAAGUUGGCUGACGUUAACUGGACUAACUUAAGUUGUCACCGCGAUAUUUAUAACUUUUGAAAAGCCUUAAUUUCUAUUAUCAUUGUCAUUGAUGUAGUGUUCAUGGGCUUGUUGGUUAUUGCCACUUUUUUCCUCAUACACUAAGUUACUGCUGGUUUAGAAUCCUGACAGAAAAACCUGUCCUGAGCAUACGCAGUGGCCACCGAAACUAGAAUCAGAAGUGUGACGAAGUUCGAUUCAGUUAGUGACUCAGCUUGAUAGGGAGGUAACUUCAAGAUUAUUUUAGACUGAAAUAUCAGUGUCAGUAACAGCAAGAAUGUAGUUAUAUGACUGUCUGAUAUCGACUGUAUUAGUCUCCUUAAUUCUCCAUUCACAGCAAGAUGUUCAUCGGAGGGCUCAGUUGGGACACCAGCAAAACGGACCUCAUGGAUUACCUUUCGAAGUUUGGAGAGGUUCUAGACUGCACCAUCAAAACAGACCUGAUGACGGGCCGGUCCCGGGGCUUCGGCUUUGUCCUCUUCAAAGACGCAGAGAGUGUAGACAGGGUAGGCGCUAGAACAGACUGAGGACAGGGCAUGAUGCCUCUGCUUGUAUUGUUUUCUUAAUUCUGCAGAUGUGAAAUAACUAGAUAGGUUUGAAGACAUACAUAGAUGGCAUCCACUCACUUCUCUUGAACAAUCACACGCACACCCUGUUUCACUGACACUUUGUCCUGUGUGCAGGUUUUGGAGCUGAAGGAGCACAAGCUGGACGGGAAGCUGAUCGACCCAAAGAGGGCCAAAGCCAUGAAGGGGAAGGAGCCGCCCAAGAAGGUGUUUGUUGGAGGCCUCAGCCCAGACACCCCGGAGGAGGAGAUCAGGGAAUACUUUGGUGCUUUUGGAGAUGUAAGUUGAAGUGAGAGAAUGCUUGUACUGUCAAUGUAUUCAUGUUUUAUUUUAAGGUUUUAGAUAUGGUAGACCCGUGCUUUUAGGAAACUGUAUGUCCACUGAGUGAAUGUUGGUGCAAUGGAGCUAGAGCUGAUAUUAUUGUAUGAUAAUCUAUCCUCUUCACAUGGUACAAAGACUGGGAGAUUUGCCAAACGUUAUGAUUACUGUCUUCAUAGCAGCUAACUGAGAGAGACUCUUGUGUUGUUUCCAGAUUGACAGUGUCGAGCUUCCCAUGGACACCAAAACCAAUGAGCGACGCGGGUUCUGUUUCGUGACCUACUGUGAGGAGAUCCCUGUCCAGAAGCUGUUGGAGUGCAGAUACCACCAAGUUGGGGGCGGAAAGGUAGCUUGAAUCCGCUUAUUCACAGUGAACCCUGUUACACAUCUUGCGCUGAUAGGCAAAGCUAUUCUUUCUAUGCUAUUUAACCAACUUAGUUUAGUGAUUUUGAAGAAUUAUGUUUGCAGUCAAAUAACAUGCGACUGUAGGUACUUUUUCAGAAGUGUUUUGGUUCAUGGUGUGUUUUCUCUGCAGUGUGAAAUCAAAGUGGCCCAGCCCAAAGAAGUGUACAGACAGCAGCAACAACACAGAGGAGAGAGGGGGGGCUACGGAGGAGGCGGAGGAUACAGGGGCCGGGGACGAGGAGGUAUGUGCAGCUACAUCUAGCCUAUGGCACUGAAGAAUGCACAUCAGAAGAAUACAUUUAAAAUCAGUCAACUUUAUUCUUCCACAAGGGAAUUUGUUGUGUGGCAUUUGACACAUGCAACAAUGACAGUGCUGAUGACAGAACAGGGCAUGCAUUGCAGUAUAUUGAAAAGAAAAUGAAGACAUACAAAUGUCUUUGAAACUACAAUACAGACUACAGUCACACUGAACCUCUCCAUUGUCUCUGCAGGUCAGAGUAACUACAACGAGGGUUACAACGGCUACUACGGCCAGAACUAUGGUAGCUACGGCAACGGAUACAACCAAGGAUACAAUGGCUACACAGGCUAUGACUACUCUGGCUAUAACUAUAAUAGUUAUGGUUAUGGACAGGGAUACGACGACUACAAUGGUAAGCUACACUAUUGAUGCCAACUAUCGAAACAAGCAGUGCCUUUCAGCCCCCAGCAACAACUCUUGUACUUAUAGCUAAGACAACAGGUGGAAAAAUGUCUCCCUUGUAUGUACUCAAUAGCUCUGGAAAAAUAAAACAGAUGUCUGUAAUGCUGCCUGCCUUGGGUCUCUUUGCUCUGGUACAUGUUUGUGAGGGGUCCUCCAUAUCCAGGCAGUGCACUUCGUUAUGUUAUAGGGAACACUUGCAACAUUAAUGAUCAUUGAGCCCAUGUACAGUUCUAUAAGAUUACAUUUGUAUGGCACACACUUCUUAGAGUACUUGUAGUUAAAUUCCUGGGUAUAUAGAGUAAAACACACAAUUUUUUUAUUGUCACAUACACCAAAUAUGUGCAGUGAAAUGUACAGGGUCAGCCAUAGUAGUAUGGUAUCAACAGAUUUUUUACCUUGCCUGCGCGACCUUUCGGUUACUGGCCUAAUGCGCAAACCGCUAUGCUACCAGCUGCCCAAUCUUGACACAUGAUUGUGCAUCUCAGUACUGAUACAGUAACAAGCAAAAAUAACAAUUAGGUACACAAACACUGCAGACUACAUCCUACUGAUUAUUUGUGAUUUCUUGCUGCCAUUUACCCUAUAAAGGAAAGUGAAUUUAAACUCACAUGCACCUGGACUCCCAUGUCAACUGAACUCAAUUGAUAACACCUUGAUAGGAUUUCCUUCUGCAACUGUUUUGUUUCUGUGAAGUUAUCCUGUGACACUCAAUCUUCCUGACCUCUAACCCUUGACCUUCCCAUAGGCCAGCAGAGCAGCUAUGGGAAGGCCUCUCGAGAGGUCACAACCCACCAGAACAACUACCAGCCUUACUGAGCUGAUGUGAUCCAACAAGACCUGCUUAGACUUCUGGUAAGACCGCACUCCCACCGUCACCUUAGGCUUGACCUAAAAAAAACCUUAAAGAUCAAUAGACACUAAACAAUUUCUCUAAAACCUAUCAAGAGAGAAAGCAAGUGGUUACCAUUACCAUGCACCACCCCAUUCUGACAGAUACAUCUAAAGAGUCAUGUCUACAGAUCUUUAAUUGCAAAAAUGCUUGUGUAUAGGUUUGCCUUUCUUACUAAGCUCUCCAGAAUAAACGUAAGUGUUUUUCUGUAGAUUGUCCUUUUUUCCCUUGCUUUUUAACAGGUGUUCAUAAGGAAAUAACAUAAAGAGACUUGAUAGCAUUGUUAACAGGUAAAGUACUGCUAAGGGUACAGAGUAAGGACCUAUCCUAAGUUUUCCUUUUCUUUUCCUAACUCUGAUGUUGUACCUUGUUUGUACCUGCCAGCGGGGACUUCAUUGCAGGCCGUGUGUCGCCUGACCACGACAAUCUCUGGGCGUCGCACAUAGCGGGCAGAGAGCACGGCAUGCACAAGAAAACGCUGUCCUGCGGUAUGGUCUCUUCACACUUCCUGUAACCAGCGAUAAACAAAAAGAAACAUAAGAAAAGGACAAAUUAAUCUCUUUCAGUUUUUAAAGUGUUUGCUUUAACGAUUUGUCAAAUUGAUUUUUUACAGGAUAUUAAUAUGAAACAGUGUAAAAAUGUACCUUGACUUGUAUUUGUGUAUUGUCUUAAUUUUAGUGGUCUUGUGUUUCAGUUCUGGAGCUUCAGUGGUUUUUCUAUAAUGAACCCCUUUCUUAAAUUCAAUGCUUGCUUUUUCUUUAUAGCCCUUAGAGAACUUCACUUGAUAAACACACUUUUUUUUAAACUUAGGUGUUAAAGAUCAUAUGUAAACCAGCUUUAUGAUGCCAUAAAAAGCUGAAAACUCAAAAUGUAAUAUUUGAGCUAUUUGUGUAGCUGACUUGAAACUUCCACCAAAUGUUUUACCUUAUAGUUUAGAUAUGGUCACGUUUGGGCUUGCUCCUUAAUGGUGAAAUUGACCCACCAAUUCAUCGGAGCUGAAGCUUUUGCUGGCUGGUGAGCUGUUAUAGGACAGGCUACAGAACCUUGGUGAAGCUGCGAGUUCUACAUAUGAUCUUUAAAACGGAAUGGAGAGAAACAAACGUAAUAGUUUAAAGUUGACAGCACAAGCAGACGUUAAACAGUGAAACAUGGACGUGCAAGGUUCACUGUGUCCUACAGAGCUCCAGAGUUGGUAACACCUACUGUGUUGUGUCCUUGUUUGCAGAUGGGCUGGGCUGGCUGGAGGACUGGAGAAUGACCUUGUACCGAGGUGGCAGCUUUGGGGGAUGAAUCCUAUCCUGUCCUCAGAUCAGCUCAUGUUUUAAACACCAGACUCCAAUUCCUGAGAUGAAGCUGUCAUGAAAACAUGCAGCGCUUCUUGUAAAUAGCGAGGUUGCCGGUUUUUGGUUCCUGUUUCCACUCUUCCCUUCAUCUUGUACUCUGCUGAGGUUGUAGGUCUAGGUUUCUUUGUGAUUUAAUGUGUUCUUUUUACCUUGAUUUAACUUGGCCUGUUUUUGUUUUAAACUUGGAUUUUUCUGCAGUGUUUUGGAUAAAGGUAUUAAAGAGGGUACAAAACUGAGAUGUGCUUGAC